CCCAGUCGGUCGUCUCACCAGCCCUACGAUGCCCAAUACUCGACGGCUUUGCUGAUUCUCAGCUGGAAUUCCCACUCACACGUCGAUGCGGCCAGGGGCAAGUGUUGCAUCGCCGGGUAGCUCUAGUAGCAUCCGGCUCUCACCAGUGCGGUCAUCUACAAUCAAAAUGAGGUCCUUCCAGCCAUAAACAUCGAUGCCCCUGCCUCGCGAUAAUUCCCGGGCUCUUCACUCUGCAUUUUGCCAUUCCCUUGCUUCUUCUCUUCCUCUUCCUCCAUUUAUUCAACCAUUCAUUCAUUUUUACUACCAGUUUCUUGUAUUAGCGCAGGCGCCUUCUUUCUCUUCCAUCCAUCCAGUUCCAAUGGCGAAUGCGAACGCGAAGGAGCUGAUCGCCUCGAUCCCCGAGUGCGUAAGUGGCUGCUUUCAAAAUGGAGUCGCUGCAACGGGUUGCGAUACGGAUGACUAUGACUGCUACUGUUACGCGAACAACCACCAAACUAUUGUCGAUACCAUGUCGGUGUGUUUGGACAACAGGGAGCGAAAGUUGGAUGUGAAGUGCACCGACGAUGAGAUGUUCCAGAUGGAAAAUAGGUACUGGAUGGUCUGCGAGCAGUAUUGGGAGCCCACUGGCACUGCUACCGAGCCAGCAUCAGCUACAAUGACAUCAAUCACGACCAAGUCCACCACGACCAAGGCCACCUCGACUUCAUCACAUCUCACUCUCAUCACCUCCACUAGUUCCUCCAACCCAUCGUCAAUCGACCCAGAGUCAUCAAGAAGCACCGAUACUUCGUCGGAUAUCAAAACCGAAAACAACGCCGGCGGGCCAUCUACUGGAGCUAAGGCCGGAAUUUCCAUCGGCGUCAGCCUCGCUGGGAUCCUGCUCGCCAUCUUAAUAUUUCUAUGGAUCCGAGAACGAAGGAAGCGCCGUCAAUUAGAGGAGAAGUUGGUAGAGGCCAAUGAGGCCUCCGUGGUGAGGGGCAUGGGCUACAUGAAUGAGAAGGGGGAUAUUUAUGAGAUGGAAGGCGACCGACCCUACAUUGAGGAGCUGCGAGGGGAUAUGAGAACACCCGAACUGAAUGGGAUGUCAAGCAUCAGCCCGAUCGAGCAAGCGCCCGGAUCACCAAAGAGCGUCUCAGCCACCACGCGCGUGUCAUCCGAGUCAUCUUCACCACGGUUUUCAAGACCUCCUCCAGCAGUCUUACGACCGGACAGAGUUGCUGGGGUUCUGAGUACAGAGUUGGAUUCGACGGGCCGUCCACUUCGAGUUUCAAGUGAGGACGGUGUAGGAUCUCCACGAAGGGGGCUUUUAUGAUUAUUACAUUUUAUUAAGGAUGGAUAUGGGUAACACAUGGGAGUUUGGGAACUUGGGAAUACCUUGGCUACGGCAAGGCUUCACUUCAUUUAGUUGCUCUGCAUCAAUUGCAGACUCUGCAAACUAUAUAGCGUGCAUACAAUCGCAAGCACAAAGACGGGAAGAGUAGUAUGACCAUAUUUAAAUGAUAUAUUAAACCCAAUGACACCAAA